CAUCACAACUACUACUACCUACGUACAUUCCAAGCAAAAUAAUUAAUGGCGGCAUCCGCUUCCAAGUUAUUCGUACUGAAGACGUUGCUGAGUGUAUUGUCUUGUGUGAUGGCAGCUGCUCUUGCUUACGGAUUCAUAAUGGAUUACUUCUCAACAUGUUUCGAUCCCCGAGCUAGAUGGAUGCAAGUGGGAUUGGUAGACUUUCUCAUAAAUGUAUCUCCUAUAAUGGCCUGGUAUUUCUACAAGGAAUCAAGAUGGAUCAUGAGAGUAAUGUUUAUGUUUAUUUUAUUUUGGUUUGGAAGUGUUACUAUAUGUGGAUACAUUCUUCUACAGUUCUUCAAGCUAUCACCUGAACAAACUUUGAAAGAUCCAUUUUUUUUUGCGUUGGCGAGACCUCAAAACAGGGAUGACGAUGUCAUGGGAGCGAGCAACAGGCGGGGAGGAUUUUCCGUGGUAACAACAAGAAUAAUAUAUGCUUCAUUGGGCUGCUUGAUGCUUGCAUUUCCAGUUUUCGCAUGGAUCACUGAUGGAUCUCCAUUCCGUGCACAAGUCCUCUCCCCGUGCAUGGUUACAUUGUUAACAGACCUUUGUAUCCAAGCUGUUGUUUACUCGGUGUGGAUAGGAUAUAAGGAAUCGAGUUGGAUCAAUACUUUGUUUUGGAUACUUUGUAUCGUUUGUUUUGGGAGCAUUGGUUUGUGCGGUUACAUAGUGCGCGAGUUGUUCUACCUCACACCUGACCAACCUGUUUACCUUAUACUUUUCAACACAAGUAACAGAGAUGUGAUGCUAAGUGAUCCAUUGUUGUUAAAGAAUCAUCAUCUUCAUCAUCACCAUGGCAAUAUAUAAUUUAAUUAUGAUGAGUAGGCCGACCGGGAUUGCAGCAAUUAAUUAAAGCAACGCGCGAUAUUUUGUUAUAUAUAUGCUUUUCUCCUAGCUUCUUCUUCGUUUAAGUAAAAACAAAUAAAUAAAUCGUACUUGCAGUACUGUCCGUAGUUGACACACGAGCUUGGUGAACUAUGGAAGCUGUUGUUUCUUGUAACUCAUU